AUGUUGAGCGACGUGUCUUUUAUCAAGACCCCUGCUGCUAAGCCGCAGCCACCGUCAACUGAUGAAUGUGGUGUUAAAACAAGUGCUUCACCAACAAUUCAUAAUGCUCCAUUGCCAGCAGAUGGGCCUGGGUCAACUUCGUUUUCAAAUACUAUUUUAUUAAGUAUAAUGUGUUUGGUUCCAGGAUACAUCACUUAUAAGUUGGGAUUGGGUUUUAAGACAUGGGUAUUUUUUUUCAUUGUUUUGGCUGUGCCUAUAUUGAUGUGCUAUUGGACUAUAAUGUCUUCGUUUUCGCCUAGAAUUAAUGAGAAAGCAAAGUAUCCAAACAGACCAAUUUCCUACUAUUUGGAGUACCACACUCCUGAAUUGAAGGCCAAGUAUCAAGAUUCCAAUGGUGGUAAAGGUUCUAAGAUUCCCAUUGAAACCUUUGAAGAGUUGUAUUUUGAUGGCAAAGUUUCCUUUAAGGGCGAUUGUUUAGAUGUUAUGGAAUACAAACAUGAUUGGGCUAAUUUCAGAUUCACUUUGGGAUUGUUUAGAUUUUUUUUGUUUGGAAUGAUUCCUGAAGUCAUAUUCCAUUCACAGUCGCAAGAUGAAGAACAAGUCAGAGACCAUUACGAUAGGGGCGAUGAUUUUUACACUUGGUUCUUGGGUCCUAGAAUGAUUUAUACUUCUGGUGUUAUUAGUGACAAUACUAGAGAAGAAACCUUGGAAGAGUUACAAGAUAACAAGUUGAAAGUAAUGGCUGAGAAGAUUGAUUUAAAAGAGGGAGAACAUGUAUUGGAUAUUGGUUGUGGUUGGGGUACAUGGGCAACUUAUGCAUCUUCUCAAUAUGGAGCUAAAGUUACCGGUAUCACUUUGGGUAAGAAUCAAACCAAAUGGGGUAAUAAGCUAUUACAGCAGUAUGGUGUUUCUCCAGAACAAUCGAAAGUUGUUUGCUGUGACUAUCGUGACGCCCCACCUUCUAGUAAACCCAACGGUAAAUACGACAAGAUUACUUCUGUUGAAAUGGCAGAGCACGUUGGUAUUAGAAGAUUGACUGCUUAUUUGGAACAAUGUAGAGAUGCAUUAGAAGAUGAUGGAUUAUUCUUUUUGCAAUAUUCAGGAUUGAGAAAGAAUUGGCAAUACGAAGAUCUUGAAUGGGGAUUAUUUAUGAACAAGUAUAUUUUUCCCGGUGCCGAUGCAUCUACACCAUUAAGUUUUGUUGCCAGUUGUUUUGAAUCUGUUGGAUUUGAAAUUGUUAGUGUUGAUAACAUUGGUGUUCAUUACUCUGCCACAAUAUGGAGAUGGUACAGGAACUGGAUUGGUAACAAAGACAAAGUCAUCAACAAAUAUGGUGUCAAAUGGUAUAGAAUUUGGGAAUAUUUCUUGGGAAGUUCAAUUGUUGCCAGUAGAAACGGUACUGCUACUUGUUAUCAAUUCGUUUUGCGUAAGAACAUAAACUCAUAUAGAAGAAUUGAGUAUGUUCCUAAGCAACAAGGUCUUCAAGGAGCCAUCAAGGGUAACGGAUCAUUGAAUAGUAAAUGGACUGAGGAAUUUACCAAUUUGUAUGAGUGA